CUAUCCUUCCGACAUCUUAUCGUGCAUCCAUCCAUCUCUCACUUUUAUCCGUUCUCGACCCAUAGCACCUGAUCUGUCAUUGUUUAUCCUGUCCAAGAGCAUUUCUAUCUUGCACUCAGCAUCCACCAUGAACAUCCUUGACACCUUAUUUGGUCGGUCUAUGACUCCAGCAGAACGGCUGAGACAACAUCAAAGGUCCCUUCAGAAAGCGCAACGAGAGCUGGAGAGAGAAAAGGGGAAACUGGAGGCUCAGGAGAAGAAGACAAUGGCGGACAUUAAACGAAAUGCGAAAGCUGGGAACAUGAAUGCCUGCAAAAUUCUUGCUAAAGACCUCGUGCGAACACGAAGGUAUAUCCAAAAGUUUACGCAGAUGAGGGUGCAGCUGCAAGCGGUGUCAUUACGUAUGCAGACACUGAGGAGUAACGAGCAAAUGGCUACGGCGAUGAAAGGUGCUACCAGGGCGAUGGGGCAAAUGAAUAGGAGUUUGAAUCUGCCGCAAAUCCAGAAGAUCAUGAACGAUUUCGAACGUGAAUCUUCAACUAUGGAUAUGAAGGAAGAAAUGAUGUCCGAUGCGGUUGAUGAUGCAAUGGAGGAUGAGGAGGAAGGUGAAGGUGAAGAAGUAGAAAGCGACAAAAUUCUCAAAGAGGUGCUGGAUGAAAUUGGCAUGAACAUGAACGAAUCGCUUAUAUCUGCACCCACUGCUUCUCCGCUUGUUCCGGAACCAUUGCAAGCUUCUCGAGUGGCCGUUGCAGAAGGUUUACCUUCAUCAGCAGCUGCUGGCGGUCCAACAAAUGUUGGAAAUGGGGGAGUAGGGGCUGGCUCUGGUAUGAGUUCCGAAGAAGCAGACUUGCAACGACGAUUGGACGCUUUGAGGAGAGAUUAGACAAGUCAUCAGUUAUGGUUAUAUAAAGUCGUUCCCAUGACAAAAGGAAGUGUUGUUCUGUUUCCACCGAGGGGGGGCUCUUGUCAUAUGUCAUCGCAGUUUUAUGCAAUAGAUCAAUUGGUAUAUCUU